GGCAAAGAGGCAGCUGAUCUUCGCCUUCGAGGCAGACGAGGAGCAGCCGACUGUUUCCCUGAGACAUCAACGUCGCCGAAAUUUCUUACUGACUGUAUAUCAAACAACGUGCCACAUACACUAUGGAAUAAUCGAAACCUCAUCUUCUUCCCAGUCACAAAUCCAUCUCAACUGUGACCCAUGACUGAGCCUUUUCUCCCUCUCCGCGAUGCGACCAUACAGGCCUGAAUCUUUUCUUUUCCGACAAGCCUCGCGGUAACUUGAGCGACCGGUGGCGUGAGAUCAUGGCCGGAAACCUUUUUUCUCGCCUCGUGCCCGGCAGGGACGACGACCGGUCCUACUACGACCAGCUGGCAGAUGACGAUGUUGACAUCGAGAACCGCGCGGGCCUUGCCUUAGAUGAAGAGAACUUAAACCAUCAGUUCUAUGAAGAUGAUCUUGCCAUCGAAGACAGCCGCAUAUCGACUGCGAGCGUAGUUCCUCCACUGAAAGACGGUCGACGCGGACAACAAGGCAAGCGCGGCAGACCUGAAGCUGGCUCAAGAUGGCUAGCCGCAGAAGACGACGGUGAGAAUGAAGUGCCGGCUUCGUUGUUGGUAGAACCUGGUAUGAAUACCGCAGCGGCAAGGCAAAAUCCACGGAGGUCUGGACCUCAACCCAACAGGCAACCCGUGCCGGGACCCUCAAACCGAAGGACGCAAGCGCAGUGGGAGACUGCGCAAGCCCAGCAGAGAUUACAUCAAGAUGAUGAAUACGGCCGCAUUCCAAAGACGGCCCAGUCAACGACCCCGCAGAGACUGGGCGUCUUUAAUCCCAAAGAAAAGGCCAUGUUCAGAUGGGCUAAUGUCUCCAAUCUUGACAUUUUCAUCAACGAUGUAUACGCCUACUACCUGGGAGCCGGUAUAUGGUGUAUUCUACUAGACCGAGCCUUGCAUCUGCUGAAAGGCAUCUUCAUCGCCAGUUUGUUGACGCUACUCACACAAUGCGUCGACUACAGCAAGCUGCGCGAAAGCAAGAGCAUGUCGCAAAUCAUGAUACCCAAGUGCACUAAGAACAUGUGGGGGAUCUGGAAUCUGGGCCUGUGGCUUUGCAGCUUCUAUGUCAUCUGGAAAUCGAUUCAGUUCGUUCUUGACAUACCGCGGCUGCUGCACAUUCGCGACUUCUACAUUCACCUGCUGGAGAUCCCGGAGGAGGACAUGCAAACCGUUUCUUGGCAGGAUGUUGUGUCGAGGAUAACUGGACUGCGUGAUCAGAACGUCAGGACGGCUACUCAUUUUACGCCUUCUCAGCGCCGGUUCCUAUCCCAGCAAACGGGGCGGCAGGUGGGUCAAGCCAAAGAACGGCUUGAUGCUCAUGAUAUUGCGAACAGGCUCAUGAGACGUGAGAACUACAUCAUUGCCCUGUUCAAUAAGGACACCCUCGAUCUAACGGCGGGUAUCCCUUUCCUACGGCAUCGCCCCUUCUUCUCCCGGACACUGUUGUGGACCCUCCAGUUUAGCAUUCUGGAUCUGGUGUUCAACGAAUCCAACCAGGUGCAUCAGCGCAUUCUCAAGUCGGAUCACCGAGGACAGCUCAGCCGCGAGCUUCGUACUAGGUUCGCAUUUGCUGCAACUAUGAACCUGAUAUUGGCUCCUUUUGUUGCUGCGUUCCUGAUGAUUGAUUUCAUCUUUACGUACUUCCACGAAUUCAAAACAAAUACUGCUUCGGCUGGCACAAGACAAUACACGCCGCUUGCGGAGUGGAAGUUCAGAGAGUUCAACGAACUACCCCAUCUCUUCAAGGAACGACUGAAUAUGUCAUAUCCAUAUGCGAAACACUACAUCGAUCAGUUCCCCAAGAUGAAGACAGAGUUGGCCGCACAGACUGUCAGAUUCUUUGCGGGAGCGCUCAUUGCGGUCCUUGCCAUUGUCGGCUUUUCGGACCCUGAAAUGUUCGUCGACUUUGAGAUAUUACCCGGUUUCAACGCCUUCGCCUUCCUUGCCGUAUGCACCACCACGUUUGCCGUGGCUCAGGGCAUGAUUUCGGAAGAGAACGACGUUUUCGAUCCCGAGUACGCGAUGCGUAAUGUCAUCGAGUAUACCCAUCACGAGCCAGAACAAUGGCAAGGACGUCUUCACAGCUAUGAUGUGAAAAUCGAGUUCGCAGAGCUGUACAAGCUGAAGAUUGUCAUCUUUCUAGAGGAAAUUCUUGGCAUUCUCGUGACGCCUCUGGUCCUGUUCAUCAGCUUGCCCAAGUGCGCCGAUCAGAUCAUCGACUUCUUCCGCGAAUUUACCAUCCACGUGGACGGGCUGGGUUAUGUAUGUUCGUUCGCAGUGUUUGACUUCAAGAAGGAUCCACGAAACGCCAGACAAGCUAACACCAUGGAUGCCCGCGAGGAUUAUUACGCGACCAAACACAACAAGAUGCAGGCUUCUGUACAUGGUUUCUUAGACAAUUAUGUGUAUAACCCCAGGAGUGGUUUGCCUGGGAACCCGCUGGGCCCUGCUGGACGACAUCAGUUCCAUCCCCCACCCGCAUUCCCAGGUCUCAAUUCUCCCACGCUGGCAGCAGACAUGCGAGCUUCGCGACUGGGCCACAGCGAACGCCCACGAAGUCGUGCCCCACCCGCUUCUCAACAAUCAGGCAAGACUCCUCGCUUCGGUCCAGCUCUGCCCCAGCCAUCACCAAUGGCAUCGAUGCUCCUCGAUCCUCACCAUCAGCCAUCCGCGUCACUGAUUGCGGCACGGGGUGCUCAGCGUGCGCGACAGCAGCGUGCCCCUUAUCUGGGCGAGGCAGGUAUUACCGAGGAAUCGAUGGAAGGCACAGUAACACGAAACAGACUCCAGCGUCAGGGUACCACCUUUACAGACGAAGAAGUCGAAGAAAGUGUAGCGCGUCUUGGCGAAUCGACGUGGGAUGGUUCACCCGGACAAGGUCUAAGCCGUGAGAAUAGCGCCGUUGCUAUGGAUGGCGACGACGGGCCUGGUGUCGUCAAGCUCUUGAAGCAGUUUCAGCAGGCUCAUAUGAAUCCUCGAGGUGGAGGAGUCCUUUAGAAGAGAGGCAGGUGGUCUUGAUGAGACAUUCACAAGUGGCAACCUGCUUGUAUUUUGGUGUUAGGUUGGUCACUUUGGGAAUGGUUAUUAGCACCUGUCUACAGCACAUGUGCAUUUUGGUCUGGCUCCUGUCAUCAGAGCUGGCGUUGGGAUUACGUUGGACAUUGAGCAUUAUAGACGCAUGAUGAUGGUAUUCUGGAAUAGGCGAGGCGUGUUUUGCUCAUCGAGUUAGUCCCAUCUGAGAACAUUGGACUUCCGAUAGUGAUAAGAUUCGAUAUGAUGUUGGUUUUGUUCCACAAUAGAACUCUUGAGUCCUCUGUGUAUGUCCAAGUACGGCUACCAUGACACCCAGCAAGCAAAUAGAACAUAUUGUGUCUGCCACUGACUAAGUAGGCCGAAAAUCCCGUAGCCUGGGUACCAUACUAGCUUACAAACAUGACCCCAAAGAAUUCUUCCUAGUGGAAACCUUUUUAUUCUUG